AUGCUGACUCGCGCCAUGGCAGUGGGCGUCUUGGCCCAGGGCUUCGUUGUUGCCGGAUCGCAUCUGUCGCCUGUCGACACUUUCUAUCCCUCUGGGCUCAAUGACACGUCGUACAUCAGCAACAGCGCGCUGGGGACCAAUGGAGGCAUCUACAGCGCUCCCGCCAACAGGGCCUCUCAGGGCUCUCCGUUUGGCGUCUACGACUACUGCUCCAUGCCUCAUCCCCGUGUGAAUGAGUAUGAGCUGCCCAAUGACCGUCACGCCAAGCUGGUGUAUCUCGAGUAUCUCCAGCGACACCAGAGGCGCACCAUGUACAACCUGGCCCCAGGUGGAGAGAACCAACCAUUUGACUGCUCCAGCUUUGAAGCCUUCUUGUAUGGAGGCGAAGUGCGCGGCACCUCUGGUGCUCAGGUCUUUGCCGACGUCUACACGGACCCGAGCAACCCGUUCGUGGAUGCUCUGCCGUACAUUAACUCGACCUGCUUCUUCCCUCAGCUGACCACUGGCGGCUUUCUUGAUGGUAUCCAGCACGGCAAGGACCUCUGGGCUCUGUAUGGCGGGAAGCUUGGCCUAAUCCCAUCCAGUCCCAACGACAAAGUCUGGCUACGAUCCAGCUCCUCAGCUCUCACCCAGCAGAGCGCUGGAGGCGUCCUGCGCGGUCUCUGGCCUCACUACUCUGGCGCUGUGCCUCUUCACCAGCAGCCCGGCCCCGACACCGUCAACAACGGCUAUGGAUGCAAUGCCAGAAACUCCAUUCUGUCGUCCAUUCAGUCCACCACCGAAUGGAACCAGCAUCUCAGCGUGACGGCUGACCUCAGGCAGUCUCUGGGAAGCAUUCUCGGCGCUACUAGCAGUGCGUGGCAGAGCACCUUUGAUCACUUCUCCGACAACUUCCAGGCCCGCCUUUGCAACGGAUACGAGCUUCCUUGCAGCUUCACCGACUCUUCCAAGUGCGUGUCCAAGAUCCAGGCCGAGGAAGUCUUCCGUGCUGGCGACUGGGAGUGGAACUACUACUGGCGCAACAACCCUCAGGCCGUCAAGUAUAUCCAGGCCACCGAGGGUCUCUUCAUCGGCGAGAUUGUCAACCGCCUCGAGGCCGUCUUGGGCAAGAAGCAAAAGUAUGUCUACGCACACACUUUCAUCCACGACGGUGAUAUUGGUCCCGUUUUGGGUGCUCUGGGAAUCAACCAGCUGAGAUGGCCUGCCAUGGGCUCCAACGUCGCCAUCGAGGUUUGGGAGACGACAGAAAAGUCGAAGAAGGCUUACUAUGCUCGCGUUCUUUACUCUGGCCACACACUGCAGAGCAUUCACGGCAGCCUCGACUGGAUCCCGCUGAACCAGUUGAUUGACAUUCUCCAGGUGUAUGUACCGGAGGACAUUAUCGCUCUUUGCAACUCAUAG